AUGGGUAAAAUCAAGAAGAAGGGUACCUCUGGUCAGGCCAAAAACUACAUUACCAGAACUCAGGCAGUUCGCAAGCUUCAGAUCUCUCUGCCUGACUUCCGUCGUCUUUGUAUCUUCAAGGGUAUCUAUCCUCGUGAGCCUCGGAACAAGAAGAAGGCCUCGAAAACAUCGACACCGAACACCACCUUCUACUACACCAAGGACAUCCAAUAUCUUCUCCAUGAACCCCUCCUCAGGAAAUUUCGGGAGCAGAAGGCCGUUGCGAAGAAGAUUGCACGAUCUCUUGGACGCGGAGAAGUCGGCGAUGCAGCUCGGUUGGAGAGGAACCAUGCCCCCAAGCUCACAUUGGACCAUGUCAUCAAGGAGCGCUAUCCGACUUUCAUUGACGCCUUGAGAGAUCUGGAUGAUGCCCUGUCACUUCUUUUCCUCUUUGCCAACCUCCCCUCAACCGCUCACGUUCCUCCUAAGACUAUUGCCCUCUGCCAACGGCUGUGUCACGAGUUUCAGCAUUACUUGAUCACGACCAACUCUCUGCGCAAAUCUUUUCUUUCGAUCAAGGGUAUCUACUACCAAGCUACUAUCCAAGGACAGGACAUUAUGUGGCUGGUUCCCUACCGAUUUGUGCAGCGCGUCAACGGCGACGUCGAUUACCGUAUCAUGGCCACAUUUGUUGACUUCUACACCACUCUGCUCGGAUUCGUGAACUUCCGGUUGUAUUCGUCGAUUGGCCUGAGAUAUCCUCCCAAGUUUGACACAAGAAGUGACGAAAAUGGGGCGGAAUUGGCGGCUUUCACUCUCGAGGGCCGGGGAGUCGGCGAUGCCCCGAAGGCCAUCGAGACUGGUAACACACAAGCAACCACCUCCACUAACAAGGAGGUCUCGAAGGAAAUCCAGGCGAAGGUCGACAACGUGAUCAAAUCAGCAGGACUGGAUGAGGCAAAGGAGGAGCCGGCGGCCGAGACGACCGAGGAAUCUAGCGAAACGAUCGACAAGUUCGAGCCCGCAGCCCCAGAAGCCGAUACACUUCCCCAACCCGACCUGAGUGGAAGCGAGGCCGGAUCGCUUUUCGCCCCAUUCACAUUCUACAUUUCACGCGAGGCACCCAGAGCUCCCCUUGAGUUCAUUCUGCGGGCUUUCGGCUGCAAGCGCAUCGGCUGGGAUGCCGUGCUCGGUGAUGGUGCUUUCACGCACGACGAGACAGAUACUCGCAUUACUCACCAGAUUGUCGACCGACCUCAACUGCCCGAGUCCUCUCUACCAGCUAUUCCUGCUGCCUCAAAAGACGGUUCUGACGCCGUUCAGAAGGUGAAGCCCGGUACUCGGAUUCCUGGUCGAACCUACGUCCAGCCUCAGUGGGUCUGGGAUUGCAUCAAUGAGGGCAAGCUUGUUCGUCCGGAUUUGUAUGCACCCGGUGCCACUCUCCCGCCUCACUUGAGCCCUUGGGUCAAGCCUUCAAGAGGCGGCUACGAUCCUAAAGCCAGCCUGGCCGAGCAGGAAGAAGAAGGGGAGGCCGAGUUAGACGAGGACAGUGACGAGGAGAUGGAAGAAGCGUCCAACGAUAAGAAGGCCGAAGCUAAGGCAGAUGUUGGAUCGGACAGUGAUAACGAGGACGACGAGUCUGUCGACGGUGGCAUGGAUGUUGCCGGUACCGAUGAUGACGAGAGCGAAAGUGAAGAGGAAGAGGAAGACUUUGGUGGAUUUGAAGAAGAAGAGGCUGCUUCUGAAUCAGAGGACGAAGAGGAAGCGGCUCGCACGCAGCACCAGAAGGAACUCGAGGCUGAGGCUGCUGGUCUUCCCUUCUCUUCCAACGGUGCUACUAGCGAUGCAUCCAAGAAGAAGUCUUCCCAGGCUAAGAAGAUCGCUGCCAAGAAGCGCAAGGAGGAGGAAGAGCUGGAGAGACAGAAGAUGAUGAUGAGCCGUAAGAAGCGCAAGUUGCUUGAGAAGAUGGUCUACUCGAACAAGAAACAGUCCGAGGAAGCGGCGAAGCUGCGGUCAAAGAGGAGAAAGCUUGAGAAGGAGGCGGCAAAAUGA